UGCACAUCCACAUGGCCAUCGGCUGGCGCAACCGAGUCCGAAAACUGAGACCGAGUGCAACGAGAAUGCGGGUCCGAGAGGCUCCGACUUCGGACUUGGGGAGGCACUCGCGUGGCAACAAUCGUCCAGGGCGCACGGCACACACGCAGAGCUGCCGGAGGAGAUAGCCCAUUGCUGUUGGGGCCAGAGUCGUACCUCCGAUCCAAGUGCAGGCCCGCAAAAGACCCGUUCCCGAUCCAUCCGCCUCAUUAAAUUUCCGCCGCUUUGAUUGGGGCACGCAGUAAGUCGAUUGCAAUUGCCGUAGCCUUUGACUUGCUGCUCGUUUGCUGCUGUUUACUGCUCGCUAUUUGCAACAACGCACAUGGUGGAGGAGAUUGGCUGCCAGAGACAGACGGGCAUUGUGGUCGCCAUGCCCAGCCAGGUUGCAUCGAGUACCGGAACUCCAGCCCCAUCCGCCGGCGGCAUUCACCACCAGCAACAGCAGCAGCAGCAACAACACCACCAGCAGCAGCAGCAGCAGCAACACCAACAGCAACACCUUCAGCAGCAACAGCAGCACCAGCAGCAGCAUCAGCAGCAACACCACCAGCAGCAACAGCAGCAGCAGCAUCAACAACUCGCCAGCAACAUGAGCCUGCUGACCGUCAAAGGUGGUCGUUACCUUUGGACAGAUCGGGAGCUAUUGAUGCACCUCCAGAACUACACGCCUCUGAUCCUUCUCAUCGAUUUCGUGGAGAAGACCCGAACCAAGCGCUUUUAUGAGAGCUCCGAGCGCUAUGAGAUACUCAUGCUGGUCUUCAUCAUGCGCAAGGGAGCGCCGUUCUGCGAGAACAAGCGCUUUCCAGCGGAGUACUGGGUUAAUUUGUCGGUGGGACCAAUUGCCGAGGCUUUUGACCGACUGCAGGCAGCCAUCGAUAUACCGGAUCCCCAGCUGCCGAUCCACAUGAGCGUCACGGAUUUGACCAGUUGGAAGCAAAUGUUCGACCUGGCCAUGCUGGAUAUACGGCGUUUUGCGUACUACACCGAUCCCUUGCAGCUGGCCGAUGCGGGCGUCUUUAACCGGAUCACCUUUGAGCAGCGAUUCGGAAUGCAAUGGCAGGAGUAAUGGGAAUUGAUGCAAGUUAGGCAGAAUAUAUUCACGGGAAACAGCAUGUAAUCACACCAUCAGCACCAACACACUUUCCCACAUUGGGAUGGAUCAUGGGAAAGGCUACUAUAUAAAUCUGAAUGAAAGCAUUUAGUUAAGUAUAAAUAGAAGGCACUAGAGUAACCGAUCCAUCCAAUCCCACAUAGACAGAGUUAUUUGUUGCGUUAAUGUCCCUGCAUAGCGAAAUCUACUGUGCCUUCUCCAAAACUUCUGAUCCUUCUGCAUUCCUUGGCAAUCCUUCAACUUCAUCUCUCCUUCGACUCCUCAAAUGUAUCUGUAAUACAAGCGACGUAGGACCCAAAAUGCUUUAAUGGAAAUAAACGUUAGUUACUGUUCAAA